GGGGAUAAUCGAGAAACAGAGAAACCCUAGAAAGUAGAUUUUAAUGGAGAAAUCAGUGGCAACGUUGGAUAAAGGGACGAUAUGUUCUUCAUGGAAUUACUGUGGACAAAGAUUGGCUACUGGUUUGAUCGAUGGAACAAUAGCCAUCUUCGAUACUAGUGAUCCAGCUUCUUCAUUCUUCACAUCCACUUAUAAAUUCAAGGUUAAUGAGGGAAGCAUUGUAAAAGUUGUCUGGGUUCCUCCAGAGAACGGUGAUGCAAUUGCUUGCAUAUGUUCCAAUGGGAGUUUGUUAAUUUGGGAAGAGAUCGCAGAAGUAGAGAGUGAGCCUGUUCGAUGGAAGCAAUGCAAAAGCUUUGGGGGAUCCUUGGAUCAAGUUAUAGAUUGUCAAUUUGGGAACUCCAUCACAAGUUUGAAAUUGACAAUUGCUUAUUCAAAUGGCAAUGUAAAAGUCUAUGAGAUCUUAGAUCCAAUGGAACUGAAGGACUGGCAACUUCAGGCUGAAUUUCAGAAUGUUACAGAUGCAGUAACGAAAUGUGGAAAGGCUUUGUGUUCGUCUGCAUCUAUUUCUUGGAGCCCUCACAGAAGUGAAAGCCGUCCUGCAAGUUUUGUGUUGGGCUUCACCUCAGACACUCCACAACUAAAUUCGCCCAAGGUAUGGGAAUUUGACCAAGAUCAUCAAAGAUGGCUUCCGGUUGCAGAAUUAGCAGAGCCUGGUGACAAUGGUGAUGAGGUGUAUGCUGUAGCAUGGGCUCCAAAUAUUGGAAGGCCAUUUGAGUUGAUAGCUGUUGCAACAUCCAAGGGCAUUUCAAUAUGGCAAAUGGCUUCAAAUCCUGACCCUGAUGGAAGGCUUUCAAUUGAGAAGGUUAUGACGUUCCCUUGCCAUGACAACAAGGUUUGGCAGAUGGAGUGGGAUAUGAGCGGGAUGACACUAGCAACUACUGGUAGUGACGGGAGGGUGAGAUUAUGGCAAUCCAACCUUAAUGGAGUUUGGCACGAACAAGCUGUCAUUGAACCCAUCACAUAAGCUUCAUGUUUCCUCUAAUGUUUACAGACCAAAUGGAGACAUAUGUAUUCAUCGUCAGUAUUCUAAAAGUUUCUUGCAAGUAUUGUUAAUAGCACUUCCUUUUGUGUUCCAUUUUCCUGAUUAUUGAUGCACAUCUCUUUUGAUUAGUACUCGCACAUUGCACUUUAAGUUUGAUGGAAAAUUGAUCAUUUUUUCUCUAAAUAUGUAUUUUUGAAGUAUAUAUUGGAUGAGUUACCUGCUCGGUAUUUUUCAUAUAUAAACUAUUCAAUCUCAUCCU